AUGGCUUCCCGCUGUGAACUUCCGUUCUUUGGCUCCAGGCCCGACCUCCCUACGGUGGCCGAAAUCCUUGCGUCGAAGGAGCAGCUAUCCCAACCGUAUGGCACCAGGGUAGUCCGCGUUCGCGAUCACUUUGCCGUCAAGUUCGGACAGUCGAAUGCCCUCCUCCAGGAGGGUGAGAACCAACUCUUUGUGCAGGAGUCCAGCCGCGUACCUGUACCGACCGUUUAUGCCGUAUUCCACGAUGAGAAAACAAACUUGAACUUCAUCGUGCAAGAGUAUAUCCCCGGCCAGCUUCUUGGGGCCAUAUGGGACGGUCUUAGCUACGAGGAGAAAAGUGUCAUCACGUCACAGCUCCGUCGCAACAUGGACGAAUUACGCGCAAUCCCGUCACCAGGCUACUGCGGUGGGCUUUGGGGGCAGCCAAACCUGGACAUCCACUUCGGAAACCCGGAUAGGGUCCACGAGCCACACUCGGACAGCGCCAUCUCCGGCCCGAAAGCGACUGAAGAGGAGUGGGCGGAUACCAUGUGCCGCCGUCUCGAGCAAAGAGAGCACGGACCGGCAAAAGGUCGUCCGUACUACAUGACUUGGCUCCGCCGCCUGUAUCGUAUCGUCUUCAGAGGCCACCGCCCCGUCUUCAACCACGGCGAUUUCUCCCCGGGCAAUAUCAUGAUUCGAGAUGACGACAAGUCUGCCGUAAUCAUCGACUGGCAAUAUUCUGGGUGGUGCCCGUCCUUUUGGGAAUACUGCGGCGCCAUGGAGCAACUCUCUCACAGGAGUGACUGGGGCGAGUGGCUUCCAAAGAUUCUCGACGAGUUGGCCAGAGUGUGGGACGCCAAUGGCCCCUGCGCCUGCCACCGCAGCCACAUCGUCAGCGUUGCAAAAUUCACUUUAUUCUGA